AUGGCUUUUUAUUUAAUUUUAGCUCAAACGCUCGAUAAGAACUCAUGGGUGUAUGAUGUUACUGGUCUUCUGCAGCACUGUGUUGCUGUACUUCGUUUCUGUCAUCUGUUGACCGAUCAGCUGGCCGCGAUCCCAUUGCAACAUGCUUCUCCACAGCUUAGCCAUAUGCUGCGCCAAGCAACACUUCGCGUGAUGCCACGAUUUGAUGAUCUACUUAGCGCUGUCGCUAGUCCUGUUGACAUUCGUGUUCUCGAGGCCCGUGCAACUGCUCUCGCUACCGUAUGCUGGGCGUUGUAUCUGCCAUUCUCGCUCAUCAGUCAGAAGUAUAGGGAGAGCAUGGGUGAACCGUUGCAGCAAAUGGAUCAUCACCUCUGCGCCCUUCGUCAGGCUGCAGAAAUUGCAGAGCGUGCCAGUCUUGGAAAGGUAAGUUAUUCUGUGGAGCCACUUUUUUGA